UGUUACAAAGCCAUGCAAUUCUAGCAUGUAAAUAACAUUUUAUUUAUAUAUUUAUUAUUCCCUUGCAUUACAAUACCAAUAGCUGUUCUCAACUUUGUUCUGUUCUAAGAAGCUCUGACUUCAAGCCGCAGCCAGUAGACAUUGGUGACCUAUUUCCUAUUCCAACUUUUGUUCUUGCCUUGACGCACUGUCUCUAUAAGUGUCUGGCCCACAUACAGGCACCAUGCAGUACACAGGACUAAAUCUCCCUGACUCAAAGACUGGAUACUCUCCAGCAGGAUGUCUUUGGGGCAGACUGUUCAGACUCUGCCAAGAUUCUUAGUAGCCUCUUAAGUUGUUGACCUGUGCCAAUGUUGCUUACGUCUAGAAGGAUUUGAAAGCAAGCACAGGAAAGAUAGACAAAAACACGUACUCUCUCCUCAUGUUGUUCGAUGUUCUUGCCCCUGUAGGACAACGGACUCUCCACCACAAAAGUGAUGUCCUAGAGACUGUGGUGUUAGUCAACCCAUCUGAGGAUACGGUUGCUUCAGAGAUCCAGUCUCUAGUCACAGACUCAGCAGGACACAAGCUCCUGGUCCUGAGUGGGCAGCACGCAGACCACGGUGACCUGCUUCUCCAAAGUGGGGUUUUCACCUAUCAGAGCUUCUCACGAGUCGUAGCUGAUCCUGGGGUCAGUGAUUUGCUGGGCGAAGCGGCCCCCGAGCAGCGGGCCACACUCACUGUGUCCUGCCGUGCGGAGGUGGGCUGGAGCUCCCUGGGGCAGCAGCAGUACUUACGGGAGUUCCUGGAGUACAGACUGAACCCUGAGCCUGUGCUCCCCAAGAUGGAGGGAGUCACAGAGUUCACAGAGUACAUCUCUGAGACAGUAGACGUGCCUUCGCCCUUUGACCUCCUGGAGCCGCCCACAUCUGGAGGCUUCCUGAAACUGUCCAGGCCCUGCUGCUAUGUCUUCCCCGGGGGGAGGGGCGACUCAGCCCUGUUUGCGGUCAACGGCUUCAACAUCCUAGUGGAUGGAGGCUCUGAAAGGAAAUCAUGCUUCUGGAAGCUGGUCAGACACUUGGACCGCAUCGACUCGAUUCUACUCACUCACAUCGGUGCAGACAAUCUGCCAGGCAUCAACGGGCUCCUUCAGAGGAAAAUAGCAGAGCAGGAGGAGGAGCAGUCACAAGGUUCCACCAGCUACAACGACUGGAUGAAGAACCUGAUCUCUCCAGAGCUUGGUGUGAUCUUCUUCAAUGUACCCGAGAAGCUACGUAUGCCAGAAUCAAACCUAAAGGUCAAGCGCAGCAUCGAGGAGGCCUCACUCACGUUGCAGUACCUCAACAAACUGGGAAUCAAGCCAGAGCCUCUCUGUAGACUGGUCAGCAACCCUAUUGAGCCCUUCACUCUUUUUCAUAAGAUGGGAGUGGGCAAGUUAGACAUGUAUGUUCUGAACCCCGUCAAGGACAGUAAGGAGAUGCAGUUUCUCAUGCAGAAGUGGGCGGGUAACAGCAAGGCCAAAACUGGCAUCGUGCUGCCCAAUGGAAAAGAGGGAGAAAUAUCCGUACCUUACCUGACAUCAGUUACAGCAUUAGUCGUCUGGCUUCCUGCCAAUCCUGCAGAAAAGAUUGUCAGAGUGCUGUUCCCUGGAAACGCACCACAAAACAAAAUCCUGGAGGGGCUAGAGAAAUUAAAGCACCUUGACUUCUUGCGAUACCCAGUAGCCACACAAAAAGACAUUGCCUCAGGAGCUCCACCCUCUGUUGUAAAACAGACAAAACUGAAGCAAAGGACAGACAGCAAAGAAAGUCUUAAAUCAUCUCCCAAGACUACCAAAGCCCCAAAGAAAGAAGCAGACGAUGAGGUUUCGGCAACCACAGAGGCAAAGAGUGACUCUGUAAAAGAAGAGAAGAAACUGAAAGAGAAUGAAAAACCCACAAAAAUACUAAAAUCCAAGACUGAUGGACCAGAAAAGAAAAAACUAUUGAAGGAGAAGUCCUUGAAAAAACACUCAAAGGAAUCCAAGAUGGCUGAGAACAAGGAAAAGAAAGAGAUCAAGAAAGUCAAGAAAGAUGACACAGCUAGAAAAGAAGAUAAAAAAGACUCCAAAGUUGAUAAGAAAAAGGACUCGUCCAAACCGGAGUUGAGAAAGAUAACAAAACCUGACCUAAAACCCCUAACACCAGAGGUCAGAAAGACCCUGCACAGGGCAAAAGCGUCAAGUAAACCCAAAACCGACAAAAGCAAAGUCAAAGCGGCCAAGGCAGAGCCUGCUGAACCCAAACCUGAGGAACUAGCAGCAGAUAUCAUUCAGCCUGAGCCACUACAGAAUGGGGCUGAUGAGGGCAUGUCUGCUUCCUCCACUCCAGAGGAUCGUACCAAGUUAAAACAAGAUGAGAUACGAUCAGAGCCACCAGAGAGUGCAGUGGAGACACCAGCAGAGAAAAGCAUGUCCGGAUCCCCUACCCAGGAGGAGGAAAAAGAACAGGAAACUGUCUCUCAAACUCCACCGGGCACAAAGUCUCCUGAGAAGGGAGCAGCCACAGAAAUGGAAGUUGAGACUGAAUCUCAAAGCAAAGAGGACAAAUUAGCAAAAGAGCAUAAAGAAGGAUUACAAGCACAGGAUGUGGAUAUCUAUGAGGAUGAGGAUGAUGAAGAUGAAGAUGAUGAAGAGGAGGAAAAAGAAGGCCUGAUAGCAGAGAGGAAAACGGUAGAGGAAGAUAUGGGGAUAGGGGAGGAGGAAGAUGAUGCAAAAGAUAACGGACUAGACAGGAAACAUGAGGUGGAGGAAAUGGAGAAAGCUGAAAAGCCCACAGCUGUGGCGGUAACAAAAGAGGAAAGCGGAAAGCCCUCAUCCCAGGAGGAGGAAGAAGAUGUUGUUGAAAAGGCCGAGCUGGAAGAGGUAGAAGACUUAGACGUGAUAGCUGAUGAAGAGGUCAAAGACAAACCUGAAGCAGGAGAGAAAGAAACAUUGGCCAAGAACUGGGAAAGCAAAGCAGUGGAACAGACUGCUGGAGCCAAAGAGGAGGAUGAGGAAGAUGAGGAGGGCUACAUCUCAAAUGUGGGUGGGGCUACAGCUGACAUAGUAUCAACACUGCAAGGAGCUGCUGCAGCCGAGCCUAUCUCAUUCAUUCAAGACGAAACCAUUCCCGGCUACUCCGAAACUGAACAGACCAUCUCUGAUGAGGAGAUUCACGAGGAGGCUGAAGACAGGAUACCACACCUCCAAUACGAAGUGGGCGCAUAUGACAUCUCUGUCCCAGAUCAGACAGGCUCCUUUGACACCAUCCACGGGAUGAAGGAGAUGCAAGCAGCAGCUAUGGCUGAUGUAACAGCCAAAGGUUUCAUUAGUGGACAGGAGCAAGUAUCAGUAUUCACUAACAUCAUGUCUGCUCCCUUGGCUGAGGAGGAACUUGUUUCCUCAGCCACAUCCAUCACAGAGUAUGAUAAAUUGUCUUCCUUCCCUACCUCUAUUGCAGAGGACCAAUUGGUGACUUCCGUCACUACACCUCAGACUGAGGAAACGGACAAAAGCUCACUGCUUCACGAUACUAUUAACAGCGUUCCCCUGGCAAUUCCAACCGAGGCCACACAUGGGAAAGAACACUUCCACUCUGCUGGGACCAUCUCACCAACAUCUUCCUUGGAGGACGACAAGUGCUUGAAGUCACCUCCAUCCGAGGAGUGCCUGCCUGUUGUCUCUGAUGUGAAGACUGAGGAUAAGGUCAUCAAGGCUCACGAUGAAGAGGAAGAAGAUGAAGACCAAACUCCUAACAUUGACAUUUCACUUGGAAAACUCCAGGAGAGCUAUGCCUCUCCUCAAAUGCUCAAGGAUAGAGAAUGGGAUGUGGAAAAGCUCCCCGCCUCUGAGUCUCCUGUCUCCAAACCUGUUCAGGAUUUGAAGCUGGAUCACCCACCAGUUGAGGAGGAGGUACAGCUCUUUAAGUCCAAAGAAGACAUCUCAACGGCAGUGCCUUCAAAACCCCUUUCACCACCACCCUCUUUCUCAAAGCCAUUUAGGUCAGACUCAGUUACUUCGGAAGGUGAAGAGCGAUGCUUCAGUCCAGACGACAGCACUGUGAAAAUGGCCUCUCCCACACAGUCUGGACCUCCCAGUGCAACCCACUCUCCAACUCACUCUCCUCUUCAUCAGUCGCCUGUGGAAGAAAAGACCAAAGGCUUCCCAGGACUGGCGCAUCAAACACAGGAGGACGUUCAAGAUUCAGCCACCAAAACCGAUGAUGAGGAUGCAAAGAAAAAUCGCACGGAAAAGGAAGACAAAGAAGAUAAUCAUGAAGAACUAGAUGCUGACAUCCAGAAAGGAAAUCAACAUGAGUCAGACACACCACCAUCUGGGGAGGAAUCAUUUGAAAAAGACUUGCCGGUUACAAAAGUGGAAGAAAAAGAUGGUCUCUCCGCUUCCAAAGAUGAGAUCCAACAGAAACAGGUGACAGCUCCUCUUGCCUCUGAGUCAGUCACAAGGAAAGACGAAGCGUCCGUAUUAGGAAAGGGAUCUCUGACAGAAGACAUUUCUAGUGGUAAGGCUAUACUGAGACACAGUGAUGAGGAGGAUGAUGAUGACCAUCAACAGAAAGAAUCCAACGUGUGCAGUAAGGCUAAAUUCCCAAAGGAGAAGGAAAGUAGCUUCUUAGAUGAUGACGACGGUGAGGAUGAUGAUGAUACUUCUGAUGUAAAACCCAUAAAACUGGACAUGAAGGAGAAUGAGACUGAAAAACAUGACACACAUGAGGCUGAAACCACCAAGGAAGAGAAGAAAGAAACAGAAACAGUUGGUACUACUGAAGCUGAAACCACCAAAGAAGAGAAGAAGGAAACAGAAACAGUUGGUACUACUGAAGCUGAAACCACCAAGGAAGAGAAAAAAGAAACAGAAACAGUUGGUACUACUGAAGCUGAACCCAUCAAGGAAGAGAAGAAAGAAACAGAAACAGUUGGUACUACUGAAGCUGAAACCACAGAGGAAGAGAAGAAAGAAACAGAAACAGUUGGUACAACUGAAGCUGAACCCAUCAAGGAAGAGAAGAAAGAAACAGAAACAGUUGGUACUACUGAAGCUGAAACCACAGAGGAAGAGAAGAAAGAAACAGAAACAGUUGGUACAACUGAAGCUGAAACCACCAAGGAAGAGAUGAAAGAAACAGAAACAGUUGGGACUACUGAAGCUGAAACCACAGAGGAAGAGAAGAAAGAAACAGAAAAGGUUGGUACUACUGAAGCUGAAUCCAUCAAGGAAGAGAAGAAAGUAACAGAAACAGUUGGGACUACUGAUGCUGAAACCAUCAAGGACGAGAAGAAACAAACAGAAACAGUUGGUACUACUGAAACUGAACCCAUCAAGGAAGAGAAGAAAGAAACAGAAACAGUUGGUACUACUGAAGCUGAACCCAUCAAGGAAGAGAAGAAAGUAACAGAAACAGUUGGUACUACUGAAGCUGAACCCAUCAAGGAAGAGAAGAAAGAAACAGAAACAGUUGGUACUACUGAAGCUGAACCCAUCAAGGAAGAGAAGAAAGUAACAGAAACAGUUGGGACUACCGAAGCUGAAACCAUCAAGGAAGAGAAGAAAGAAACAGAAACAGUUGGUACUACUGAAGCUGAACCCAUCAAGGAAGAGAAGAAAGUAACAGAAACAGUUGGUACUACUGAAGCUGAACCCAUCAAGGAAGAUAAGAAAGUAACAGAAACAGUUGGUACUACUGAAGCUGAACCCAUCAAGGAAGAUAAGAAAGUAACAGAAACAGUUGGUACUACUGAAGCUGAACCCAUCAAGGAAGAGAAGAAAGAAACAGAAACAUUUGGUACUACUGAAGCUGAACCCAUCAAGGAAGAGAAGAAAGUAACAGAAACAGUUGGGACUACUGAAGCUGAAACCAUCAAGGAAGAGAAGAAAGAAACAGAAACAGUUGGUACUACUGAAGCUGAAACCAUCAAGGAAGAGAAGAAAGAAACAGAAACAGUUGGUACUACUGAAGCUGAACCCAUCAAGGAAGAGAAGAAAGAAACAGUUGGGACUACUGAAGCUGAACCCAUCAAGGAAGAGAAGAAAGAAACAGAAACAGUUGGUACUACUGAAGCUGAACCCAUCAAGGAAGAGAAGAAAGAAACAGAAACAGUUGGUACUACUGAAGCUGAACCCAUCAAGGAAGAGAAGAAAGAAACAGAAACAGUUGGUACUACUGAAGCUGAAACCAUCAAGGAAGAGAAGAAAGAAACAGAAACAGUUGGUACUACUGAAGCUGAACCCAUCAAGGAAGAGAAGAAAGAAACAGUUGGGACUACUGAAGCUGAACCCAUCAAGGAAGAGAAGAAAGAAACAGAAACAGUUGGUACUACUGAAGCUGAACCCAUCAAGGAAGAGAAGAAAGAAACAGAAACAGUUGGUACUACUGAAGCUGAACCCAUCAAGGAAGAGAAGAAAGAAACAGUUGGGACUACUGAAGCUGAACCCAUCAAGGAAGAGAAGAAAGAAACAGAAACAGUUGGUACUACUGAAGCUGAACCCAUCAAGGAAGAGAAGAAAGAAACAGAAACAGUUGGUACUACUGAAGCUGAACCCAUCAAGGAAGAGAAGAAAGAAACAGAAACAGUUGGUACUACUGAAGCUGAACCCAUCAAGGAAGAGAAGAAAGUAACAGAAACAGUUGGUACUACUGAAGCUGAACCCAUCAAGGAAGAGAAGAAAGAAACAGAAACAGUUGGUACUACUGAAGCUGAACCCAUCAAGGAAGAGAAGAAAGUAACAGAAACAGUUGGUACUACUGAAGCUGAACCCAUCAAGGAAGAGAAGAAAGUAACAGAAACAGUUGGUACUACUGAAGCUGAACCCAUCAAGGAAGAGAAGAAAGUAACAGAAACGGUUGGGACUACUGAAGCUGAACCCAUCAAGGAAGAGAAGAAAGAAACAGAAACAGUUGGUACUACUGAAGCUGAACCCAUCAAGGAAGAGAAGAAAGUAACAGAAACAGUUGGUACUACUGAAGCUGAACCCAUCAAGGAAGAGAAGAAAGUAACAGAAACAGUUGGGACUACUGAAGCUGAACCCAUCAAGGAAGAGAAGAAAGAAACAGAAACAGUUGGUACUACUGAAGCUGAACCCAACAAGGAAGAGAAGAAAGUAACAGAAACAGUUGGUACUACUGAAGCUGAACCCAUCAAGGAAGAGAAGAAAGUAACAGAAACAGUUGGUACUACUGAAGCUGAACCCAUCAAGGAAGAGAAGAAAGUAACAGAAACAGUUGGUACUACUGAAGCUGAACCCAUCAAGGAAGAGAAGAAAGAAACAGAAACAGUUGGUACUACUGAAGCUGAACCCAUCAAGGAAGAGAAGAAAGUAACAGAAACAGUUGGGACUACUGAAGCUGAAACCAUCAAGGAAGAGAAGAAAGAAACAGAAACAGUUGGUACUACUGAAGCUGAAACCAUCAAGGAAGAGAAGAAAGAAACAGAAACAGUUGGUACUACUGAAGCUGAACCCAUCAAGGAAGAGAAGAAAGAAACAGAAACAGUUGGGACUACUGAAGCUGGGACUACUGAAGCUGAAACCAUCAAGGAAGAGAAAAAAGAAACAGAAAAGGUUGGUACUACUGAAGCUGAAACCACAGAGGAAGAGAAGAAAGUAACAGAAACAGUUGGUACUACUGAAGCUGAACCCAUCAAGGAAGAUAAAGAUUUGAAAGUGAAGGAAAAAUAUGAUAUUCAUGAAGCUGAACCCAUCAAGAAAGAUGAAGAUUUGAAAGUGAAGGAAAAAUAUGAUAUUCAUGAAGCUGAACCCAUCAAGAAAGAUGAAGAUUUGAAAGUGAAGGAAAAAGAUGAUAUUCAUGAAGCUGAACCCAUCAAGAAAGAUGAAGAUUUUAAAGUGAAGGAAAAAUAUGAUAUUCAUGAAGCUGAACCCAUCAAGAAAGAUGAAGAUUUUAAAGUGAAGGAAAAAGAUGAUAUGCAUGAAGCUGAACCCAUCAAGGAAGAUAAAGAUUUGAAAGUGAAGGAAAAAUAUGAUAUUCAUGAAGCUGAACCCAUCAAGGAAGAUAAAGAUUUGAAAGUGAAGGAAAAAUAUGAUAUUCAUGAAGCAGAACCCAUCAAGGAAGAGAAGAAAGAAACAGAAACAGUUGGUACUACUGAAGCUGAACCCAUCAAGGAAGAGAAGAAAGAAACAGAAACAGUUGGUACUACUGAAGCUGAAACCACCAAGGAAGAGAAGAAAGAAACAGAAACAGUUGGUACUACUGAAGCUGAAAAGGAGAAAGAGGAUAUUUGUGGGGCUGAGCUCAUCAAGGAGGAGAAGUGUGAACCUACGAAAGAAGAAAAACAGAAAGAAAUAGAGAGUAUAUUAACUUCUAAAGAUGAGCUAAGCUCUUGUAUCUCUACCUCUAAAGUGGAGACAGCCUCAGUCUCCACCACUACACAACAAAUAGUGCAAGAGAAAGAUACCUUUGUGGCUGAACCCAUGAAAGGUGAGACGAAAGAGAAGGAUGAUACUUGCAAGACUGAUGCCAUCGAGGAGCAAAAGAUUGAGAGAGAAUGUCCUCUUGUGUCUGAACCCAUGAAAGAUGAGACGAAAGAGAAAGAUACUUUUGACACUGAACCGACUAAAGAAGAGUACAGAGAGAAAGAGAAGGGUGAUACAUGCACGGCUGAAUCCACCCAGGGAGACAAUAAAGAAAAUGAUUUGUUUUUUGAGAUUGAAGUCAGUCAGGAAGACAAAAUGGAGAAAGAUGAUACUCAUGUGGCUGAAGUCAGUAAAGAACGGAAGAUGGAAAAUGAGCAAGAAAAAGAUGAUACUAGUGAUUUAGAAGACGUCAAAGAUGAGGAGAGAGAGAAAGAUAGAGAUGAAGCUGACAAAGUCAAAGAUGAGAAGAGCAAGGAAGAGACAGAAAAAUAUGAUUCUCAUGAGAUCGAACCUGCUAAAGAGGCGGAAGAGGAGGUGCCAGAGAAAUAUAUACGAGAGGCCUUACAGCGCACCACACUGACAAGAACAGUAGAGAAACUAGAGGUGACGUCUGCGACAAAGCUUGAGUCUACAUUUCAGGUUCAGUACUCAGAUGGAGAUGAGGAUGAGGAGGAAGAGGAAGACAAAUCCAUUUGCAUGGCUGGUGCAGGCUCAAGACCUUUAUCGGUGGAACCUAGACAAUCAGAGCACAACGUCAUGUCUCAACAUCUGCUCUCAACUCAGCCAUCAGAAAAUGUGCUUAGUGACCAAACGAAGGACAGCUACUCUGAACAGACCACUGGGCUUGUGUCUUCAUUACCGAAAUGGGAGGCCUCUCCUGAUAAAGACAUCAAAGAGCAGCAUAAAGAUCGACAACAUAGACUCUCCCCUGAACUAGAAAAGGACAACAGGACAACUGAGACCACAUCAAGACCGCAUCUCAGCCAAGAGCCCACCAUUGGUUUCCCUAUCUUGAAAGAGGAGCCAGUCUCUGCUAUCUCUACCACCAAAGAAGAACCAGUCUCAGACUCCAACACUACAGACAGCCAGGCUAUAGGUUCAACACUAUCAAGCACUGACAGCCAGGCUAUAGGUUCAACAAUAUCAAGCACUGACAGCCAGGCUAUGAGUUCCACUCUCUCUAGCACCGAUUGCCAGGCAGGUGUGGAGGAAUCCACCCAGCAUGAAACACUGCUGCCUUCUAUGACAACAAGCAAAGAAGCAUCUAAUAUGGAUGAAAAGACAAAGCAUGUUUUUCAAAAAGGAGAGGAGAAACCAGGCAAGGAAGCUGAGAGGGAAUUGGAAACAGAGCGGGAAGUUGCUUCUCCAGGGCACACACACCCUUGUUCAUAUUUUCUCUUGGAUAAAGAUUCUGCUGAGUUUCCGGAGGAAGUGGGCCACAUUGACGCUACAAAAGCAGACAGUGCCUCCGAAAAAGUGGAAGGUUUUGAUAAAAUGACAACAGAGAAGGAGGCUAUCAGUGUGAGCUUGCAAGAACAAAAUCAGGGCUUUGGUAUGUCUAAGUAUGAACCCUAUGAAAAGCACAUUUCAAAAGAACAGGCAUCAGACUAUAAAGAAGACAGUGAGGUUUCUAUAGAGUUUGAUCGGUCAGCACAAAUUGGCAUUGAUGAUAAUAGGAGAGCACGGCAGGCAGAUGCUGCACUCUACUCAGAGGACGAGGAAAAAGAGGAAACGCUGUCAUUCAGCAGAGUUGAUUACACCCCGCCCCCUUUCGCAGAGAGCGAGGGAAGCCCCAGUUGCAGCCCAAGUGCCUUCCCUGAACACAACGACAAAGAGAAAGGUCAAGAGGAAGAGAGUGAUAGGAAGGAGGGACAAGCUAUGCCACAUGUGGAAAACAGAUUUGCAUAUUCAGAGACUCAAGACAACAAAACCACCCCUAAAGCUGAGCCAUGCUCAUUUGCGUUCAGUCUCAAAGAAGAGAAACCUGAAAAAGUUGAGAAAGACGAAAUGAAGGACGAUGCCUGGUCAGCCCCUCAAACAUCUACAGGAGAGAUGGACAAGGCUGGAGCAUCUCCCAGUUUAGAGGAGUAUCUGCCGGUCCAGUCAGGCAGAAAGGAAACAGCCUCUCCCUCAUGGGGCCAAUCCAACCACAGUGCCCAAGCUACUGCAAUGCCUUUUGAAGACGUCCCUGAGAAGCAGACAACAGAGAAGGAAAAAGAUGAGCCAGUGAAAGACAAGUUGGAUUCAUCGGACAGUGAGAGAGGAGACUCUCCCUCUGGUCGCUACUCACCAGCGGAGAAAGACAUGUUACCUCAUCAAGCUUCGCCUAAGGAAAAGGACAAUCAGGCUACUGCUGCCCCCCUGGCCGCAUAUUCAGGACAUCUCAUAGAUGAUAAUGUUCUUGCGUCGGAGUACACUCAAAUUGGCAGCUCUAUCACCAGUAAAUCUACAAUGGGCUAUUCUGAGAGAGAAGACACUCCGGACAGUGUAGAUAAGAGGCUACUGGUGGUGGGAGAGGAUUAUGAUGAUGAUGAUGAUGAUGAGGAGGAUGGUGAAGAUGAGGAGGAAGAAGAAGAAGAAGCCAGUGAUGUAGAUGUGGAGAAGGGGGCGAGAGAGCAGUCUGAAAAAGAAAUCUGUAAAACUACAUCGGAUGAUACCACGCCUUCUAAACAUCUUGUUACAGAGGAAGAGGACAAGAAGGCCCUCUCACCCGAACCCAGCCUCCUCAAAAAGGAGGAACCUUCCCAUUCAAUUACCAAAAGCAGCCCUCCACUGGCAGAUACUGCAGAUUCCCUUUUGAAGAAUUUAGUUUGUGCCUCGCCACUCCAGUCUGGCAGUUCCACUGCGAUGGAACAAACAGGAUCUGGAGGAUAUCCUUCUGAAUCUUCAGAGUAUUCUGAGGACAGCCAGCUGGGUUUAAAGGGGGAGAGGUUUGACAGUCCUGACCUAUCUCUGCCCACCAAGUCCAGUGAAGAUAAACAUUACAGUCAGGGAGACAUUGAAGCUGAGAGGCACAGAACCCCAGAUACUGCUAGUAGAAAACCGGAGGAAGCUCCUUCGUCUUACCUCCCAUCUGCCUCAGCUUCUCUAUCAACCAGCCACCAGUUUCGAGAGGAGGUAGAGACUCCCGUCACAAUGUCUAGUGCCCCCUACAGGAUAGAUUCUGAGGGUGCUUCCGUCAAGUAUUCUUCUUUCAAAGAUGGAGACUCCUCAGUCAGGCACUCAAUCCUCUCAACCUCAGGGGUAAUGUUAAAGGAGGAGUACCUAGAAGCCUCUGAAAAGCUUACCUCAACAACUACAACUACAUUCAGUCUGAAACAAGUCUCUCCAGUCUUAGCUACUCCAGCCAAAGACACCAUUCAACAAGACACAUCAUCCAGCCCUGAAAUGUACAAGGGUCAGACCUCUGAUACCUUUUAUAAACUUGAGAGCAUUGUUGAAACCAAAACCAUAACGUUGUCUGCCGGGGCUUCAGAACCAUCAACCAUAUCCACUUCAAGGGCUCUCUUUGAUGUUUCCCCAUUGCAAAGAGCUGACUCUCCUGACAGAGAAUCCCAGGGCUCAGCGGGCAGCAAAGAGUCCUACACUUAUGAAAUGGAGGACAGUACUCUUCCAUGCCGCAUUGAAUGCCAGAAAUCUUCAGUGACAGAGCCAAAAGAAGGCAUGCUGUCCAUGACUGAGACACACAUGGUCACCAUCACCUCCAGUACAACCACAACAGUCACCCAAUCUGAUGUGGUGACAAAACCACAGGAGUCAACUGAAGCCUCUUCCAAUGGGCCUACUGAGGUUAGCAUGAGUGCCCAAGAAGUCUUCGGUGGAGCUAGCAAAGCCUCUUGUGCCACAACGUCAGAUCUGCCUAAAUCAGAUCUGCCUAAAUCUGAUCUGCCUAAAUCAGAUCUGCCUAAAUCAGAUCAGAAAAAGGAGGAAGAAGAAGAGACAAAGAAUGAGAAAGAUAAGAUGGAAAUGAAAGAUGAGGAGAAGAAGGAGAGCAAGGUAGAGACCCUAAAGGAGGACAAGGAAAUGCCAGAUCAGAAGGAGGAGGAUGAGGAGAAAGAGAGUGAGAAAGAGAAGGAGAUGAAAGAGGGAGAGAAAGACGAAGUAGAGGAUAAAAAAGCAGAGAAACAGGUAGAGAAGACGGCCGAAAGGAGGAGGAGUAGCUUAUCUGACUGGGAACUCAUACAAGGUCCAGGCCCAAGCUCCCCUCCAGGAGACGACAAGGAAGAAGAUGAGGAAGCGUACGAAACAGAAGAAGCAGAAGAAGCAGAGGAAGAAUAUGGUCAAGAAGAAUGGCUAGCUCCAGGCCAGCCCAUCCGUCUGUCCACAGCAGAACAUGCCCACAAUACGGAGGCAUCUGCAAAAGCGGAUGGAGAAUCCAGUCGUCCCACUGACCUGCAUAUGGAGCCUACCUCCUCAUCCCCCCCUGGCUACUCCUCAUGUGACUACAAACACCGCAAAGGAGAGAUCUCCCCAUCCUUCAUCAACCCCAGUCCACACGCCCUCUCCAGCGAUGAUGACGAAGACGACAAAGAGGGUGAUGAAGAUGACUGCGAGCAACACUCGGUCAAGAGGAGGUCUCACAAGCAGAAGCGACAUCUCACUCAAAUUGGAGCUACUGGAGCUGGAGAGGGGUCGCAACCAGUUUCCAUGCCUCCUGGUGGCAUGGCAACUGGACUCGGGGUGAUGCUAGCUGGAGAGGAGACGCCCCCCACAUCAGUGAGCGACUCGUUAGCGUCACAAUCUGACUCGGACGUACCUCCAGAGACAGAGGAGUGCCCGUCGAUUACAGCAGAAGGAAACCUGGACUCAGACGAAGAUGCAGAACACCUGCCAGUGGAUAAACUAUCUGCCUCCGCCACAGGAGGGGGCCACCAACCCCCCUCGCCCAGAUCAGCUGCGAAGGUCCACGACCCCCCACCUGCCCCUAUGAAGGACCCCCUCCCCCACCCGCCUCACCCUGACGUGUGCAUGGUGGACCCAGAGGCCCUCCCUAACGACCAGAGCAGCACAGAGAAACUUCUCAAGAAGGACCACAAGACCACCAAGAGCCUGCGGAAGGGCCUGGGUAAGCCUAAGUCUGCGUCCCCAGCCCGGAAGGGGAAGAGGUCCAUCACCCCUGUGAAGCAGGCCUCCAAGGACUCCUCGCCUCGAUCAGCCUCUCUGAGGAGGAGGGACACGGAAAGGAGCUCCAGGCUGACGCAGAAGUCCGAGGGCCUGGGAUCCAGGGGGGACCUACACACUCCAGGGAAAGGCCUGGUGAAUGGCGUCAAGAGCAAUUUGGGUACCAACUCCCAGAAAUCUAGUUCAGCCGUCCCCCCUGGGCCUCCAAUCUAUGUGGACCUGGCCUACGUGCCCAACCACUGCAGUGCCAAGAACGUGGACCAGGAGUUCUUCAAGCGGGUGCGUGCUGCGUACUACGUGGUGAGCGGCAACGACCCGGCCGGUGGAGAGCCCAGUCGUGGGGUCCUGGAUGCCCUGCUGGAGGGCAAGGCCGCGUGGGGCUCCAAUCUUCAGGUGACUCUGAUCCCUACUCAUGACACGGCGGUGACGCGGGAUUGGUACCAGCAGACACACGAGAAACAGCAGGACCUGAACAUCAUGGUCCUGGCCAGCAGCAGCACGGUGGUCAUGCAGGACGAGUCCUUCCCUGCCUGCAAGAUUGAGUUCUAAGUUCUCCUGCUUCCCUUAUCUGUAGCACUCCAUCUUCGGAUGUAGAGGUCCUGUGCUACUCUCUAUUCUCCCAUAGCCUUCCCUUCUGUCAGCUCUACACCCUGCCCUCUCACGAUGUAAGAUUCCAUUGCAUUUUGCUGUCGUCUUCAGCUUGUGCACUGGCUUCCAACUGGUCAAUGUUAUCUGACAACAGCCACCUAUGUCAGGCAGAAACAUUGCUAGAGUUUUGGGUCCAUGGUACCUGUACAAAAGUAUUUGUUUUAAUUACGCUUUCCAUUUAAACAACAUAACUGCGCGAUAAAAACACCUUUUUAUUAGAUUUGGUCUUAAACAAUAUAGUUUUUUCACAUAUAACCUCCCCAACAUGCACAUAUUGUGAUCACGCACGUCAUCUGUGACGAGGAUGAUCCUCAAUAGUUAUUUCAGCUUUCAAAUCCUACUGCACCCCAAAUCCACAUCUAAAAUGGACAACACUUUGAAACUAAAAGUGCUAUCUUAACAAUGUAUUGAUUUGUCUGGCGUUGUUGGGGCAUCUAGUGCCUAAUGCUCCAUUAAGAUGGUGCACAGUUAAGUCACAUUCAACAUGUGAAACUUAAAACAGUCUUACUUAUUGUCUUAAACUCAACAGAGAAAUACAAAAUGAAAAUAAAAUGUACAUAUUGCUUAUCCAAAGGGCCAAAGUAAGUGCCAAAACACUCGAGGUAAGACCGUGGCUGUGUCCGAAAUCUAGCUUGCCUACUACUUACCUAAACUGUAUACUAAUCGUACUACAUACUAAUUACAAUGUACUUAGUAAAAACAUAUGCAGUAAGCAACAAAUAUCAACAUACUACUCAUCCAUACUGAGAAGGCGUCAUCGAAUGCGCUAUCGCACUUGUUCCCCGCCAUUCGUUAAUUUUUUUGUAGAGCGGUGUCGAACGAGCAUGGGUGUGAAAAAACUAUUCACUUCAAUAGUGUGCAGCAAAUUCUACCAGAACAACAGCCUAAAUAAGUAUGACAUCUGGGCAUUUCAAGUAUACUCGAUUUUUGAAAUUACACAUACUAUAAAACUUUUUUUUCGCAUACUCAAAAAGCCUACUAUUUAGGAUGCAAGUAUGGAUAUUCGGACGCGGCCAGUGUUAACGCUCUCCAAAAUAAGUCCAAAACUGUUACAAGAUGGAACAGUUACUUGAUCUAGCAUGUACGCAGACUACGCACAAUGUUGUAUAAUGGUUGUAUUUUAGUAAGUAUCCUAAGCUGAGGCUUUGUUUUUUCGUUAUGAGACAUUACUCCUGUUAGGAGAUCUUAUGUAAGAUGCAGCCUCUCUAUGCUAAAACGUUUGGCUUUCUCAGUGCUCUAACUACGUCAACUGGUGUUACAAAGGACUAUUACCACAUAGCUUGUUGUGAAGCUUUAGGAGGUGCCUGAAGGUGCCACUUUUAGUUUAAAUAACUAGCUAGCUUUUAGGAAUUAUUUUCCUCAGUAGCUGAAGCAUGAUGCUUGCAUUUAGCUCAGACUCCUUCCUCGAGGAAGUAGAGGGUUUAGUCCUUGCAGUCUCCAAGUAGUGAGUAGCCUAUAAACGUGUUCCAAUACCUUACCGUUUGGCUGUGUGUUUGCUGAAGUGAACGUUACACUGUAGGCACCGGGCAAAGAGAUGGUACUCCAAUGUUUACCAUAUUUCUGCUGGAUGUAAUAGUUCUUUAUGAAUAUCUGAAGCAGUGGAGGCUGCUGAGGGGAGGACAGCUCAUAAUAAUGGCUGAAACGGUGCGAAUGGAACAGCCUCAAAACACCUGGAAACCAUGUGUUUGAUACCAUUCCACUGAUUGGCUCUAGCUGUUACCAGGAGCCCGUCCUCCUGAGAUCUGAAGCCAUUAUCAUGGUCUUUAUUGGUUGUGUUAGAUUAAUUAAAACAUACAGUAUAAACAUGAUAUAUUGAUAAAUGGAGUGAUUGUGUUUUAACACAUUAGAGAAGAAUGUUAAAUGAAUGCAGCUGAUUGGUCGGGACAGAGGCAACCGAGAUGAAUGUAUGGAGUAUUAAGUUUGACGUUUUCUCCCGUUUUAGUUAUAUUAUACUGUCUGUAUGAAACUAUUUAAUGAAGCGAUGGAAACUGCAGUGAUCUUCCAUGGCGAAUGUAGCAAUAGAGUCCGUCCCACUGAGCCUGGGUUGUGUGCAGGUUGUGUGGGUGAUGACUGCGGUGGUAGACAGUCGCUCUCAUGUGCCUUCUGGUUGGGGUAUGUUGGUCAAGAGAAGGGUUAGAGUAGUAUUAUGAGGGCUUCUCUUUCAUAGUAGCCAUUGUGGAGACGGGAACCUGGAUCCAGGGAUAACACAAUAAACUGUGGAGAGGGGAACCUGGAUCCAGGGAUAACACAAGAAACUGUGGAGAGGGGAACCUGAAAAAUGCAACACUUUAGAAUACAAAUCAAUAGUUGUUGUCCAGGAAUACUGUCUAGUCUGAUCCAUAUGGAUGGAUGCUCUAUAUGCACACAGUUGGUAGAUGAAAAGGUCAUUAGCCAGCACAUUUUAGAUUCAGUUACAUCAGUUUAUUGCUGGUUAGCGUUUGUCCCCUAUCUUAAAGUGCCACCCAGAAAAUGCAUCAGACAAUAACGUGAUCAAAGAGCAAGAAUGCACUUUUCAGAGGGAGAAGAGGAGGUUAGGAGUGGGGCUGUGGUUCUAGUGAGAAAGAGGAGGUUAGGAGUGGGGCUGUGGUUCUAGUGAGAGAAGCACACGUUUUAUUUUUCAUUGUUCUUUACCAUAACGUGCACUAUGGUAGCCUUUGAUUUUAGAAUAGGUAGCUAGAGCAAGCACUCCAUACUGUAUGUGAAGAGGUUACAAAAAUAACGCAGGUAGCUAUUUAUCUAAUAAAUAAAUAAAAUAAAAACCUUGGUAGACUUUAACCCUAAGAUCAUAUUUAUCAAACGAACAUGAACGUGAUGGUUGUUGAUUGUAGUGGGUAGAGAUGUGGCAUGUGUACCACAGGUCUUACAAGUAGAAUUACGUUUUGUGUUGGAAGCAUGUGCUUGAGUGACACACACAGAGACAGGGACAGCAUAGUGUGUCUUCAAAAUGACCGUGUGCAGUGGGUAUUUCUGUUGGUUAGUAAGAGGUGGAGCUUCUCACUUUGUCGCACUGCUCAUUGGAGCUCAUUACAAAACGUGAUUCAGAUUUGUGUUCAAUUCCAUAGAGCUUAUAGUCACUUUUGGAUUAUUUUAUUGUACUUUUCUGGUAGUUUUUUUUGUAGUUGUAUUAAUCAAAUACAUUUAUGCAUAAAUCAUCAGUAUUAUAUUUUUUUUAUUGAUUUGAAUCGUUUUUCAAUACUUCAGUUACAUAUAGGACUAACAAUUAUGAUUGUCUCUUUUGUUUACAUUUCUUAGAUUGUAUUUUUGAAAAGACGACUGGCUAAAAACGUAUUUUAUAAUAAGCGUCAGAUUUAUCAUUUUUUGCUUAGUGAUUCUUAAAUGUAACGUGUUUCUCUUUAGAGCUGCUGUGUUGUGUGUUAAGGGGCUCCUGAGUUGAGGCCAGAGAGAGUGGACUGGGUGGGGCAGACGGAGAUUGCUGGAGAGACUGUCUAUGAUUCAUAGUCAUGGGCUCCCAAGUGGCGCAGCGGUCUGAGGCGCUGCAUCUCAGUGCUUGAGGCGUCACUACAGACCCCCUGGUUCGAU